GUAAAGGAAAAAGUUGUUCAGAAUCACCCCAGGAACCCCCUGUUUCCGGGUGUUACCCGAGUUCUGAGACACCCUGUAUAUAGUAGAUAUCUGCGCAAGUAGUGUAUACCGUAGGGGUGAAACUUAAAGGGAGGGGCUUCACGAAAAUGGCUGUUAUGCACGGGGUAGGACGUCUAGAAAAGAGCAAGUGACGGUUUAUCCCUGUCUUCCCCACUGACCGAUUGACAUUAUUUGACGACGAUUCGCACGGUUAUCUAAUCGAUAGCUAUUAUGUCGCGGCUAAGAAGCAAUCUUCGUGCUCUUCUUCAUCCACCACCGGAUCUACGGCAUAUAAUUCGCUUCGGUAAAAGAUCAGAACCUUCCAUGGACGAUGCGAGGGAAAGGAGUUAAAUAAAUGAAGAGGAGAAAUAGAGAAACCAUGAAGAUGUUUGGCUUCCCCUGUAAAUUCAUAUUUCUUUUCUUAUCGGCAAUUUUAUUUUGCUCUGUGGCUUCAUGCUCUGCAGAUGCAGCUAGAUCUGCGAGAGCAGUCAAAGGAAGAUUAAGAACAUCUUACAAUGCAUGGCGCGUGGUGCUAUGUUUGUCUCAAUCCCAAGGAUCGCUUAAGAGAGACGUACAAAAAGCAUGGGAGAAAGCAAGGCUGGAGUCGUCUCAUGCAGACAUGAACGUAUCCUACAUAGAGGCACCGCCGAAGACAGAUUUACUCCCUAACCCUUUAUCGUUAUUGAAUAAAUUUUGUGGUGAAAUUAAAGGCGGUAAAACAGUGUUGAGCCUGAUCAUCGGGGGAGGAUCAGCAGCCAGGUUCCUCGUUACAGCUGCAGCUUCUCUAAACAUUCCAGCUUUAUGGCUACCAUUUACACACGAAGAUUUUCUUAGACAGGGAAAUCUUGGAAAGUAUGAAAGUCGUAUAGGCUCGAGUACAAAGGAAGUAGGAGCAGCUGCUGCCGCUUUGAUGCACAGAGCAAACUGGCAUGCCUUUACUCUUCUGAUAGACACAACUUUGCUUCCAUUGACUCAUCUUUUGCACGCGAAUCAGACGACCCUAACGCCUAGAAAAAUUAUACACCUUCCAACGAACGAUAAGACGUUGAAAAUGAGGCUGAGGCGAGUAGCCGAGGAGGGGGGAAGCGGUGGAGUUAUAGUGAUGGGUUGCGACUUGAACAACGCUCGAAAGAUACUCGGUGUUGCUGGGAAAUACGAAAUGCUCGAGGGAAGAUUUCUUUGGCUCUGGUUAGAUCUGAAAGCGGAAUUAAGACCUAACGAACCGAACGUAAUCAGUUCUCAUAUCCUGCACAGCUCAAGGUCCUCGAUAGCAACGAACGAAAAUCCAGCUCCCGUUGAGAGCAUAAGCCGUACCGCGAACCUCGUGCCUGAGAGCCAGUUAUCGUUGAACGCUUUGCCGAGCCUGGCCAACGACAUACAUCGACUACAAGAAUACAGAUGGCAGAACGAGAAAUCUGUCGGGAAACAGGACGACAAAGUUUAUAACUUCGACGACGACGAAGAGAUUAGGCUAAUGAACAAAGACUUAAACUCGAAGGACUUCAUGCCGGUCGGUAUGCUCGCGUUAAGGCCGUCCGGCAUCAAAUUAAUGGGCAGCGACACUAUAUUAUCCAGAAUGAUAAGGGAGACUUCGCAAGCAUUGGACGAAACGUUUGUGGAAGUUAAAUCGAAAGUAAAUUACAUGUCGGAGGCUCAUUUGGACGAUAAUUUUGUACCGGAAUGUUUUCCAGAGAGGAACUUCAAAUUCUUGAACAGCGAGAUUAGGAGGAACGUGUCGAAAAUCCUCGCACAGAAAUUGAGGAAGGCUGUGAGCCAGAUCUCCAAAGACAAGGCUAAAUUUCAUUUGUUGAACUUGCAGGCUAUACGUUUCUCUGGGAAUAAGACUCAAUUGAGGUGGACCAAAGUGGGAACUGUUAAAGGUGGAAAAGAGGUACACUUGGAUACCAUAAUCUGGCCAGGAGGUGGAAUCGUGCCAGCUUAUCUGGAGCAAGGUGGCGAGAAAAUUGGGAUGCCCAUGUAUCGCAUCGUCACAGCAUUGGCAUCGCCAUUUACCAUGGUGACCAGCCUCCAGGAAGGUAUCUGCCUGAGAGGACUAUUCUGUCGCCAGGGCGAUACCGUGAUGUGCUGUUACGGUUUAACCAUGGACCUGAUGUCCCUGGUGUCCCGUGAAUUAGGAUUCCGUUAUGAUUUGUACCUGGUUAAGGAUGGUCUGUUCGGCAAGAGAAACGGUAGAACCGGUACAUGGAAUGGGAUAAUGGGGGAGCUAGUCUCUGGUCGCGCCCAGCUGGCUUUCGCACCUCUGAGCGUCUCUGCCCGCAGAGCCGAGGUUGUAGAUUUCACUACACCUUACUUCUUCAGCGGAGUUAGCUUCCUCACCGCGCCAAAGCCGAAUUAUGAAAUACCACUGUUCGCGUUCCUCUUUCCGUUCAGUACGGAGCUAUGGAUCGCUGUGUUCACGUCGCUGAACUUUACUGCCAUAGCGGUAGCUCUGUACGAAUGGUUCAGCCCGUUCGGCUUGAAUCCAUGGGGCAGACAACGAAGCAAGAACUUCUCUAUAGCAUCUGCUUUGUGGGUGAUGUGGGGCCUCCUAUGCGGGCACCUUGUCGCCUUCAAAGCGCCAAAAUCAUGGCCUAACAAGUUUCUGAUCAACAUUUGGGGAGGUUUCUCGGUUAUUUUCGUGGCAUCCUACACGGCCAACAUAGCCGCCCUGAUAGCCGGUCUUUUCUUUCAUUCAGCGGGAAGCAAUUACGACAAAAGCUUACUGUUACAGAAAGUUGGCGCGCCAAGGGCAUCGGCGGCUGAAUACUAUGUACAGAAAGCGAAUCCAGAUUUAUGGCCCCACAUGGCACGUUAUUCGCUGUCGAACGUCGCCGAGGGUGUCGAGAGAUUAAGGAACGGCAGUUUAGAUAUACUUAUAGCAGACACACCUAUUUUGGAUUAUUAUCGAGCGACGGACGAUGGGUGCCGUUUGCAGAAGAUAGGGGACACCAUAAACGAGGAUACCUAUGCUGUUGCGCUCACGAAGGGGCAUCCCUUGAAAGAAAGUAUAUCCAAAGUGAUUGCCAAUUAUACGAGUACAGGGUUGCUGGACAUUUUGCAAGAAAAAUGGUACGGUGGUUUACCCUGUAUUCGAGGAAGAAAAGGCAUGGACGCAGGUUUGAUGCACGAGCAAAGGGGUCAGCCUAGACCGUUAGGGGUGGCAUCGGUGGCCGGUGUAUUUUGUCUGCUCGGGAUGGGUGUGGUGCUCGGCACCAUCAUAUUAGCCGGGGAGCACUUGUUUUACAAAUACACGUUGCCCAGGCUGAGACACAGGCCGGAGGAUUCUAUAUGGCGCAGCCGUAACGUGAUGUUCUUCUCGCAGAAACUGUACAGAUUCAUUAACUGCGUGGAGCUGGUUUCCCCGCAUCACGCGGCCAGGGAGCUGGUUCACACGGUGCGACAGGGACAGAUCGCAUCCCUCUUCCAGAAAAGCGUCAAACGAAAGGAACACGAACAGCGUCGCAGACGCAAAAGUAAAGCGCAGUUCUUUGAAAUGAUUCAGGAGAUACGAAGAGUCCAACAAGAGGACAAGAUAGAGACGGUAUUCGAGGUGACUGAGAGGAUGACAACGUUCAAGAAAGAAGAGAAAGCAGUGAAAGAAAGAGAGAGGAGCAGGAGCAAGAGUCCUCUGAUGCCACGAAGUCCUAAGAGAUCAGAGAAAAGCAGGAGCUCGACGAACUUGUCGAGUUCCAGGCUUGGCCUGUCACCCAUCAGUCUGGAGGCACCGAUGAAGCCCAGGGAGUUCACUUUGAGCAGCACCAAUCUCAGGGCGAGGAGUCCAUUGGAGACGGUCGGUCGACGAUUGAGCCACGGUGACGGUGGUUCGCCUCCACCUCGCCUCGGAUCCCACUUCGGCGGCAGUGCAACCCUGCGACCGUUCGCCACGGCGAGGAACGACACAGCUACGAGUGGUACCGCGGCUACGUUGAAGGCCGAGCCGAGCGUAGGCGGCGCGCCAACGCCUAGAUACGCCCGUAGCCCUGCGAAACGUGGCCAGUCGUUCCCGGUGUUCGCCACGUUGAGGCCGCCCCAUUCAUCUGGCUAUCAAAUAUCCAAGAGUCCUCUCCUCUCUCCGAACGAGUUAACUUCUACCAUCGGAAGAAAGUUGUCCCGCGAAUGGGGCUCCGGUACCGUGGACCUAGCCAGAUCCACGGAAACCGUUGCCAAAGGCUCGACAUACACCCUCAGCCAAGAGAUGACGUUGUCCCUGGAGCGUCCGAGCCACGAGAAGAUCCAGGACGACGCGAUGCCGGUUAAGAAACCCAUACGACGAGCGAGGAGUCACGAGAACAGGGAGACCGGUAAGCUGAUGGCCGAUCUACCAUCGCCGAGACUCGCCGCCCAACCGGUGGUCGGUGGCCGGUCGGUAAGCGAACGAACGAAAAAGCAAUUAGAGUCAGAGUUGAAAGCUAUUUUAAGUGCCAGAGCUCAUCAUCGCGACCUCCAUCCUCCUUGAUAGACGUACACGCCAAUAUUUAGAAGAGUUCUUGAAAGCAGCAAGCUUUGAGGAUCGUUGCCUCUGAGGGGCUUUGAUUGAUUUAAGCAAUAUCAGAUUUAUAGGUCAAUUUGUAGAGGAAUCCGAGAAAUUAUAACUAAACCAAAAAAAAAAAAACAAAAAAACAAAAAAAAAACACA